CCAAUAAUAAUUUAAGUUCGGCUCGAGCCGUGGUGAUAGAAGGAGUGUUUUCGUGGCUGCUCUGUUCAGAUAAGAUAGGCCUGACUGUUUCUGAUUCUGCUUGUAGAGAUUAAUGUUGUUCAUUGUUUUUCGUAGCAUUUCCUAACCUAGAAAGUAUUUGUUUAAAAUUAUUAACAAUAUUCCAAUAAUCUAUAAAUGUCAAAUGUAAUAAAUUAAUUCAACUCUAAUAUAUAUUUUUUAAUUUCCUAACAUAUCAUUAGUUUCAACUUUCACUUUAUCCGUUACAUAAGUAGCUUAAACUCAUCAAUUACCUUUUUAACACUGAACUUUUCAAAUAACUAUUCCUAGAACAAAUUGAUCAAUUUACAAUUCUUAAACCCAGAUAAUCUUAUCACUUAAACGUAUCACAAUAUUUUCUCCGUAGUAAAUGUUUUUCUAAACCUUAGUCCUACCAUAAAUAAAACUGAAAAUUGUAUUAGUAAACCGAUAACUUUAUAAAUUCUCUAGUUUCUUAAACCUAUCCUUUUUUCUGUUUCAUAAGAAAUCCAUUUUUUACAUUCCUUUUUACUUCUUGAUUUCCUAGAGGAGAGCUUAUUCUGUAUCAUAGAUAAUCAUAAUUAUUGACACACGGGUUGAAAUAGAUCUGCAGAAUCGGCGGGCUGCUCUGUAAGAUUUGUGAACAUUGCAUCCUGUUAUAGUCGCUCUUAGCCCGGAUCCAGACGGGGUACGAGCGAUUUGAGGACAGACUGUUUCAUAGAAUUUUCACCUGUGUUUACUGAAAGUUAAAGACUUGUUUUCUGUUGAAAAUUCACUAGAGCUGAUUCCUUCUUUUUUGACUCUUCUUUGUAUUUCUGCUGAUAUAUUUAACUGUUUCUCUAUUUAUUCAGCAUAGCUCUCACCAGAUUUCCUUUUCCUUCCCAAAUCAUCUCUGACUUAUCUUCAAAUAAUAGACUUUAAUAUAAUAUCGUUAUAUUAAUCAAUUCACCUAAAUAUUGCCAUUCAAACAACGCUAACAACUAUACGGUUGUUGAUUUUCUCUCUUUCAAACAGCUUAUUUUUUCUCAAAAAAGUAGCAUAAAAAUUCUUAGUAAAAUUUAGUUUUCUUAAUUUAGUCGUUUACAGUUAAUUUAAUUACUCAUUUUCACGUGUAAUAGAACAUUGUCACUAUAUCUUCAAUCCGUAAAUCUUACAAAAAAUACUGACUAAAACUUUAGUAAUUUGGAAUAACCACCUUUUUCCUUAACGAUUAUAGAAUAAUACUUCCAAAUUGAACAAAAUACUAAACACUAAUACAAAAUAAGGCAAGGUUUAUUUUGAGGGAUAACUAUUAACACUAAUACAAAAUUGAGAGCUGAAAUAAUCUUUUUUUUUUUCUAUAGGAAUUUAUCUCAAAUUAUUUAAAUCUGUUUUUUCAGUAUAGAGCUUUUAGGGUGUUUCUACGAAGGAAGUGGAAGUCAGGGGUAGAUAGGCUGUCUUGAAUUAUAAAUAAGAUCAUAAUAAUAAAUUUAGACACUUGGCAUGGAAAAAAUUGAAAAAUUUUUGACUCAGCAAAGAAAGCCAGGGCUAAUUUUUAAAGGCUAUAGAUAUAGACGAGAUACUCGUCGAGCUGAUGACAGUGUGGUAUGGCGUUGCUUGCAACGGUCUUGCUCAGCUACUGUGAGAACUAACUUGAGCGAAUCGGAAGUCUUGAAAGCUGAGGGUGUCCAUGGCCAUUCGCCUACAAAAUCUUCCGAAGCUAAUAUCAGCAUGCUGAAAUCACCAAUCAAUGUGGAGAAGGUGAAUAUUGAUAAGCAAAAUAUGUGUGACUCGAAUAGUCCUUACUCACCUGUAAGAGGUGGAGAAUUUAUUAAGAUAGCCACAAAAAAUGCUGCCGUGAAUACACCUUCAUAUAGAGGAAAUUCUUCAUCACCUCGUAUGCUACCCUUGGAUGAAUCUCUUAGAGAAGUUGAGCUUCAGCAGCAAAGAGAUGAUAUUAUUGCUCAUUCUAUGAGUCUUCAGAUAGAGUUAGAGUCUUGCAGGAAGGAGAAGGAUUUCUUAUUACAGUCGCUCCAGGAGAAAAAAUUGAGAUCGAAUUAGCCCUUCGAAAUAAAGCAUGCUUGGAACAGGAGAAUGAAUAUCUUAGAUCGAGAAAUACCGAAAUGAUCACCACAAUUGAAGUUCUAGAGGCGGAUAAUACUCUUAUGAGAGCCGAAAAUAAAUCGCUCAAACUUGAAACAGUAGAACUAAAAAAUUUCUAUUCACCUGGAGAUAUCAAUGCAUCUGUCGACUAUGAUGACCUAAGACUAGAAAACUCUUUCAAUGCUCUUGUCCAAACUGCUAAAUCGAGUUUGUCUGAAGUAAGUAAAUAUAAAGAUACAGAGUCUCGAACAAAAAAUACUUCUUCCAGUGUUGAUAAAACUGAGAAAAAAGAUAAGAGAGUGGGACAUGAUAACGAAAGUAUAUAUGAAGUGAAUGAUCCACACACAAUUAAAAGGCAAUCGAGCUCACAAACGAAAGAAAAUAAUGAAAUUAACUCUCAUAAGAAAUCCAUCAAUAAAAAUAGGAUAUUGGUAUUAGCCGAUAGUCAUGGAAGGAAAAUCUGGAAAUUUAUUGGUAAUAAGCUUCCUAAUUAUGACGUCCAGGUCUUUUUCAAACCUAAUGCUACAAUGGAACGGGUAAUUGAAGGAGUUGAAAAGCAAAUUGAGAAUUUUGGUUCAAGUGAUUUUCUGAUAGUUAUGGGUGGCACAAAUGACAUUGGAGCUCAAACGUCACGAAGUGUAAAUAAAUUCAAGAAAGUACUUGAUAUUUUGGUUCCUAUGAGUCUCAAAACCAAUCUUAUCAUGACCACCAUACCACAUCGCUUUGACAGACCUCAACUUAACCAGACAAUUGACGAGAUAAAUGACGCUAUUCAUAAACACAUCAAUAGCAGUACAAGGAAAAAUUCGAAGAGAAUAAGGAUGUGUUUUAUAAAUGAGAGAUUGAGGCGAGCAAACUUCACCCGACAUGGGCUUCACCUUAAUGGAUCAGGAUACAAUAUACUGUGUACUAGACUGGCGGAAUUGGUUGAGAAUAAAUCACCAUGCAGAAGUGUAGAUAAGAAAGAGUCUUUUUUAAUGAGGUGGCUGAAGAGGAAUGUGAGGGAUUGAUCUCUUCGAGUAGAGUCUCUCAGUUUGAUGAGC